AUGCCACCAAUUCGCUCUAAAGAUGCUAGGAACUCUAUAGAGAUAGAGGGAAGACUUGAACUCGCGAUAAAUGCUAUUAAAAAGCAGGAAAUAUCCUCUAUUUCUGAAGCUGCACGCAUCUUUAAUGUGCCACGCUCUACACUUGGUCAUAGACUCAGUGGUCGAUCUUCACGGGUGAAUUUACGCGCAAAUUCACAUAAAUUAACUCCUGCUGAAGAGGAUAAGCUUGUUCAAUGGAUCCUAGACCUAGCUUUACGAGGACUACCACCCCGGCCUGCAUUUGUGGAGAAUAUGGCUAAUCAUCUUCUUGCCAUACGGAAGCCUAGCCAUACAAACCACCCUCCUCGCGUUGGCAAGAACUGGGUGUCAAAUCUAGUGGCACGCCGUCCAGAGCUCCAAUGCCGCUUCUCAAGACGCUAUAACCAUGAUCGGGCCAAGUGUGAAGACCGCAGGAUUGUGGAGGAUUGGUUUAAGACCCUAGAGAGGGUAAUGACUGAGCAUGGGAUUGUGUUUGAAGAUAUUUACAACUUUGAUGAAGCUGGGUUUGCAAUGGGGCUCUGUGCAACUACCAAGGUCAUUACUAGUGCUGAGCACUACGGACGAGCAACUCUUAUACAGCCUGGGAAUCGUGAGUGGGUGACUGCAAUUGAGUCAGUCAACGCGUCAGGAUGGGCCCCUCCGCCGUAUAUUAUCCUCAAAGGUCACAAUAUUCAGGAAGGCUGGUUUGACGGGCUGCCGGAAGGCUGGAGAUUGGAUGUUAGUCCUAAUGGCUGGACCACAGAUGAGAUAGGAAUCAAAUGGCUUACACGGCUGUUUAUUCCAGCUGCAAAUCCACGCAGGGUUGGAACCCAUAUUCUUCUUAUUCUGGACGGGCACGGCAGUCAUCUUACUCCGGAAUUUGACCAAAUCUGCAGUGAGAAUAAGAUUAUUCCUCUCUGCAUGCCACCACAUUCUUCACACCUUUUGCAGCCACUAGAUGUGGGUGUUUUUGCACCUUUAAAGCGCGCGUACGGAACCCUAGUUGAACAGCGAAUGCGGCUAGGAUUCAACACCAUUAAGAAGGCAGAUUUCCUAGAUGCCUAUCCUGCAGCACGUCGGGAAGCCUUCAAGGCUUCAAACAUUCAAAGUGGGUUCAGGGCCACUGGAAUAGUUCCAUUGGAUCCUCAAUGCGUUGUUCAGCAGCUGAAUAUUCAACUCCGAACCCCUACUCCCCCAGCCAGCAGGUCAAGCAAUUCAACGUCAUCCUGGAUCCUACAAACACCUAGUAACCCCCGGCAAUUGCAGAAGCAGGUGAAUAAGGUCAGAAAUCUUAUGGAUCAGGAUCAACCUCAUGGGUUAGUGGAAGGCUUUGACCAAAUAAUCAAGGCCUGCGAAUACGGGAUGGUCAGCGCCAUGGUUAUGAAGAAGCAGUAUGAGGAUAUUUUCAAUGCAAAUGAGAAAGAGAAGCAAAAACGCAAGAGGUCUACACGCAGGAUCCCAAGUGCAGGGGGUCUAACUAGGAAUGAAGCUCAGAAUCUUAUUAUUCCUGCAGCUGAGCCUGCUGAACAGCCUGUUAUUCAACAUUCCGUACCUGCGGCCCCGGAGCCUAGACCCCGCAUACGAGCGCCACAACGCUGCAGCAAUUGCAAUACUGUUGGGCAUACAAGAAUAAGAUGUCCUCAACUUCAUGUAAUUUAA